CUGAAGUUGGGUCACUGUUUACUGUUGAGCUGAUCGGCAACAACCAGCAACGAAGCUGAACAGCACUGGUAACAUUCUUCUUCAGCUAUACCCACAUUCUAUUCCAUCUUUGUUUAGCAUAUCUCGGUAAAUCGCACAAAUUCUUUUCCAUCAUGAUCGCCAUACGAUAUAUAAAUUCAUGAUGUAUUCUUUUUAAUACUUCACCUUACGACUGAUGUCAUCAGCAUUUCUUACCGAGUAAUACAGCAUGGUUUUGGUAGCACUUAUCACAGGAGGGACCAGUGGCAUCGGCCUCGAUGUCGCUCAACAACUCGACCUCACCGGCCUCUGGAAAGUUCACAUCAUUGGUAGCAACUUGGAACGCGGCAAAGCGGCCGCUGCGUCGCUUAAAAAUACCACAUUUCACCAGGCUGAUGUGACAAAGUACGAGCAGCAGGGCAAUACGUUUCAGCAGAUUUUCAACGAGGAGAAGAGAUUAGACUUUGUCUUUGCGAAUGCCGGCGUCGCCGAAGACACGGUAUUCUUCUCCAAGCAUGAAACAGGAAUUCCGCCACGGCCUGAUAUUGCUGGACUAACGGAUAUUAACUUGACCGGCGCCAUCUAUACAAGUUACCUCGCCAUGCACUAUUUUCGCCGAUCGCCGGAGGUGACGAUGGGGAAGAGAAACCUGAUUAUCACGUCGAGCAUCGGUGGGUUAUAUCCAUGCAUGCAUACUCCGGUAUACUCAGCGACAAAACAUGCUUUGGUUGGGUUUACGCGCUCGGUGGGUAAGCAACUGUGGAACGAAGGCGUGAAAGUGAACGCGAUUUGCCCAGGAGUAGUCAUAACGCCUAUGAUAACACCAGAGCUGAAGGCUUACUUCUCCGAGAAGGUCCUAAUCACUAUGAGUGAUGUGACCAACGUCAUCCUAAAGUUGAUCUCGCAAGACGACGUAACAGAUUCAAAGGGGAAGUCUGUCUCGCGCGAUCAGCUUCAUUCGCAAGCAAUCCUAGUGUCCGGGGAGAAGUACUACUGUGUUGAGAUGCCGGAAUAUUUUGAUGAGGAGACGCAACUAACUCAUCAGCAUAUGAUGGGUUGAAGAUGCCGAAUGUUACUCUUCAUUUAUAUAGUUGGAAGUCAAAGCAGACGCCCGGGGGUCUUGCUUCUCGACGAUUGAAGUAAUAAUGACCCUGGAAAGCCGAGUUGAGAUAGUCUGCACCUCAUCAUUAGUCUCACGUCAUGCUUUGACAAUAUCUAUUCUGAUAAGAAUUGAACCCGCUAAGCAAACGC